AUGUCUCAACAAGAAUAUAAACUAAAGGAUAUUGCCUCCUUUGCAUCCCUCAGCUCGGACAAGGUCGAAGCGGAAGUGGAGGGAAUCGAGGAGGGCAAGGUUCUCCUCAUCAAAUUGGGUGACAAGGUCCACGCUAUCAGUCCGCGAUGCUCGCACUAUGGUGCACCAUUGAAGAACGGCGUCGUUACGGGGGAUGGAAGAAUUACCUGUCCCUGGCAUGGAGGUGAGUUCUCAUCGCACACUACCUAUGCGGAUGACUACCUAGGGUCAUGGAACGAAAGAUACAGGGCCAAGGACAAGAAACUGACUGCAUAUAUCUAUACAGCCUGUUUCAAUGUAGCGACUGGAGACGUCGAAGAUGCACCAGCUCCAAACGCCCUGAACAAAUUCGAAGUCUUCGAAAAGAACGACGGCGUGUACAUUCACGCUAGAGAAGAAGAUGUCAAAGCUGGACAGCGGAAUCCCGUGUUCAACUGCAAGGUAUCAAAGCCUGAUGAACAUGUUGUUGUCAUUGGAGGAGGAAGCGGAACUCUAGGUCUUAUUCAGUCCCUCCGCGAGCAGAAAUACCCCGGUGCCAUUACGGUCAUCUCGAAAGAACCCUACCUGAUCAUAGAUCGGACCAAGCUAUCCAAGGCUCUCAUCUCAGACCCAACCAAGAUCCAAUGGCGGCCUCGUGAAUGGUACGCCGAGGCAGCCAUAGAGACAGUCACAGAUGAAGUGACAGCCGUCGACUUCAACCAGAAGUCUGUCUCCACCAAAUCUGGCAAGAGCCUCUCAUAUACCAAGCUCGUCCUAGCAACAGGCGGCGUCCCACGCUCCCUCCCACUACAAGGCUUCAAGGGGGACCUCGGCAAUGUCUUCACCCUCCGCGGCAUCAAAGACGUCGAAGCAAUCCUCUCCGCUGUAGGCGAGACGAAGCGCAACGUCGUCAUAAUCGGCAGCUCCUUCAUCGGUAUGGAAGUCGGCGUUGCCCUUUCCAAAAACCACAACGUGACGAUCGUCGGCAUGGAAUCCGCCCCAAUGGAGCGCGUAAUGGGCGCCCAGGUUGGCCGCAUAUUCAGGUCAAACCUUGAAAAAGCCGGUAUCACUUUCCACCUCGAUGCAAACGUAAGCCACGCGACAGCAUCCCCCUCAGACACUAAAAAUGUCGGUGCUGUGCACCUGAAAGACGGCACCGCCCUCCCAGCCGACGUAGUCAUCCAAGGCGUCGGCGUCCGUCCAGGAACAGACUUCCUCCGCGACAACCCAGCCGUAACCCUUGAGAAGGACGGCUCGCUUCGCACGGAUGCCCACUUCCUCGUCCCCGGUCUGCAGGACUCUGUCUUCGCCAUCGGUGAUAUAGCCACGUACCCGUAUUUCGGGCCUGGGUCUGAUGCGGGCGGCACGCCUGUACGCAUUGAACACUGGAACGUUGCGCAGAACGCUGGACGUGCUGCGGCGCGGGCUAUCGUGCAUGCCCAGCGGGGCCCGCUUUCCUCCCUGAAACCCAAGACUUUCAUUCCGGUUUUCUGGUCGGCGCUGGGUUCUCAGCUGCGGUACUGUGGGAAUCCGGUUCACGGAUUCGAUGAUGUGAUUCUGCGCGAGCAGGGGGAGGCGAAGUUUGUUGCGUUCUAUACGGCUGGUGAGACUGUUGUGGCUGUUUCUACUAUGGGGGUGGAUCCGGUUAUGUCUAAAUCUGCGGAGUUGAUGAGGGCUGGAAAGAUGCCUGGGAAGAAGGAGGUUCUUGGUGGAGUGGAUAUCUUGUCUGUUCCGCUGUAG